AUGCACUGCCUGGAGGUCUGUGAUUUAACACCCGAGGUUUACCAGGUUCUCAAGCAACGUUCCCUGAGAACGUUGGAGCUACUCAUCUCCUCAGGCUUUGGGAGGACCACCCCCAUGGGUCCCACUCCUAUGGGACCACGCAACCACCCCGUGCGUUGCCUACCAACGUUGGGGAGGCUGGCGAUUGCAAUCCAUGCAUCUCCCGGGUACGCAGCCAGCGGCAGGUGUGUGGGCAUGGGCGGGGAGGUGUUCAUUCCUCGCCCCUCCCUUCCUCGGGAUUGGGGGUGUAAAUGGAUAAUUCAAUCCCCGUGGGACUCGGCUCGGUGGAUUGGCUGUCUCAGCUCGCUCCCGCCCUCGGCACCCCCCGCGCCCCAGGUGGCUCAGGCUCCCUGUGGCGCUCUCUGUUUACCUUGA